AUGAAGCUCCAGCUUUUUUCGACGCUGCUGGCUGCCACUGCUGUGGUGGCCCAGAGUACCUUCGAAAACCCGGUCAUCUACGAAGAUUUGGCCGACCUCGAGGUCAUCCGCGUCAACGACACGUACUACUACACGGCUUCUACAAUGCACUAUUCUCCCGGUGCUCCCGUCUUGAAGAGCUACGACUUGGUCAACUGGGAGUUCAUUGGCCACUCCGUCCCGGAGCUGAUCUUCGGCGACAAGUACUACCUGAACGGCAGCGGUAAGGCCUAUGUUGGCGGCAUUUGGGCCAGUUCUCUGCAGUAUCGCGAGAGCAAUGGUUUGUUCUACUGGUACGGAUGUGUCCAGUCUGGGAAGACCUACAUCUUCACGGCCAGCGACCCGGCUGGAGAGUGGACCGCUCAGCCGCCCAUCAACGAGUGUUACUACGACCUCGGUGUCCUGGUUGACAAGGACGACACGAUGUAUAUCGCCUACGGAAUGUACAACAUCAGUGUGGUUCAGCUCUCUUCUGAUGGCUUGGAGCCUGUCCGGAAAGAGGUGGUUUGGUCUGAUUCCACGCGAUAUCUCGAGGGCGCGAGGUUCUACCAUAUCAAUGAUAGCUACUAUAUCUGGUUGACCAAGCCAGCUGAUGGCCAGCAUGUGCUGAAGGCUGACAACCCCUGGGGCCCUUACACGAACCAGACGGUGCUGGACCGGAUGACCUCCCCAAUCCCGAAUUCCGGAACACCUCACCAAGGCGGCAUUGUCGACACGCCUGAAGGCGACUGGUACUACAUGUCCUUCCUGGAUGCGUAUCCAGCUGGUCGCAUACCAUCAUUGGCACCGUUGACUUGGGAUGAAGAUGGCUGGCCUCAUAUUGUCACGGACGAGGCAGGCGGAUGGGCCAAGACUUACCCUUUGCCUGUGACCGCCGACAAGACCAUCACACCGGCGGGCGAGUUCAGCGACAGCUUCGACGGACAGAAGCUGAACGUCGAGUGGGAAUGGAACCAUAACCCCGAUAACACGGCGUGGGAGCUAGGAACUGAGGGUCUUACUCUUCACACGGCGACAGUUACCGACGAGCUCUACGCGGCACGAAACACCCUUACCCACCGUAUCCUGGGGCCGAAGAGCAGUGGUACCUUCCGCCUGAACCUCGCUGGCAUGUCCGACGGAGACAUCGCGGGCGCUUCGAUCUUCCGGGACGACUCGGCUUACAUCGGGUUCCAAAAAGAGGGCGACUCCCUGAAGCUCUUCCUGGUUGAGGACAUUCUCGCCCCCGAGAGUGCUGGGUUCGAGACAACCUCCAAUGGCACUGUCACAGCAACCGCCAACGAUGCAGACCUGGACUUGGCGGCCAUCGCAAGCGGAGAGCAUGAUAUUUGGUUGCGUAUCACAGCCGACGUCACUCCGUCAUUCGGGUUACCCGAGGGCACGAACGACAAUUACGCUCAGCUCGCUUACAGCACCGACGGAGAGACCUUCAAGCAGCUCGGAGCCGACUGGCACUUGCACAACCGCUGGCAAUACUUCAUGGCAUUCAGAUUUGCGGUAUUCAACUAUGCUACCAAGUCUUUGGGUGGCUAUGUGCUUGUGAAGGAAUUCAACAUGAAGCUGGCGGAGUGA